CUUGGAUUCCAUUUUUCAAAGAAUUUAAGUUGAUUCUCCUAAGCGGUUAAAAAAAGUGAGCCAUGAAUUUUAUGGCAUUUCAUUGAAUAGUAUUUUGAAGAGUGCUGCGGGAACUGAUACUUUUGUUCCAGUCGUUUUCCGGCUAAACUAAAGUGACCGUUGACGUUAGUGACAGUCGAAACUUCUGCCGUUAUGUUUGCGCCGAAACGUCAACAAGAAGGUUAAAAAUGGAUUUCGACUCGAGCAAGGAAAACAUCCAACCGUUGCGCGGGGGUCGCAACGUGCAUCAAUUGGAGGUCGCUCUGCAGGCGCAGACCGAUCACGAGUCGCAAAUGCAAUUAGCCCGCCAAAAGGAGGAAUUCGACAGGGCCAUUAAAAACUACCAAGGCGACGACCCUUUGGAAAACUACUACCAAUACAUCUAUUGGAUCGAACAAAGUUACCCGAAGAACGGCCACGAGGGCAACUGCGCCGCGUUGCUGGAGCAUUGUCUGGGCCAGUUUGAAAACGACCCUCGAUACACGAACGACCGUCGCCUGUGCAAACUGUGGAUCAAAUACAUCGACCUGACGCCGAACCCCAUCGAACUGUACCUUAUGAUGAAGGCGAAAGGUCUGUGCAUCGGAUGCGCUGACUUUUACAAAGCGUGGGCGUACUAUUACGAGAUGGCGGGCGAUUUUCAAAAAGCCAAUGGGGUGUUCGAAGAGGGGAAGAAGAAUUUGGCGCAGCCGUAUGAAGAACUCGAACUGGCGCAUAAAAACUUGAUCACGGCCGCCGGGGAACACAUGCUCUAUGGCCCGAACCAGACGCGGUUGCUGGAAAGGCGCCACGCGCUCACAGCUCUGCCUUUGUACGCUUCGGGACGGGUGAGUAGCGUGCGGCAAUCUUCUGCGGCGUUGCCGAACGGCGCGUUUGUCGUGCCCGGCACCAGUUCCGAGAACCCUUUACGAAUCUACGAGGACCGGCACCGUCCCACGCUGCCCCAGGAUGCGGCGGCUGGCCCGCAAAGCAUCAUCAAAGUGGCCAAGCGACAGGAGGCCCCGAAAGAAAACACUAUUAAAGCGGGUCCCUGGACCACGAUCGCCAAUAAUAAAAAACGCGCUGUGGGCAGCCACAGGCCCGGCGGCAGGCCCACGUUCACCAUUUUGGAGGACAACUUCGUCGCGCCGGGGUUCCCACCGAACGUGCCGCCCGCGUGCCUCGAGGAUUACUCCAACUGGCGGGUGUCGAUUAUAAAUUUCCCCGAGGAGCCGAGCCCGACGGUGGUGCACGGCUACCCAAAAUCCAGGGUGUACAUAGACUCGAACACGGAAUACUCGAUAGAAGAAUUGCGCGCCACCGGGUACAAGCGUAGCCCGUCAACGGAAACGGAUCGGGCGGUGCAGUCAAUCUUAAUCGACGACGAGGACGACUGCCUGCUGGUGGAGGACGACGCCCAACCCGCGCAGAUCAAUUCGACCGUUAAGCAUAGCCCGUGGAAGACGUUUACGCAGCACCAGAACUUCCUGCAGGACGUGUUCAGCAAGUCGAACGAGCAGAGACUCAGUAUGGUGGCGGCGCCGAGGUUCCAGUUGUUUUCGCCCGAAAAGGACAGCCCGAAGCAGAAGUUCUGCAUUUUCGAGGAAGAGUUAACGAAGGACGGUUCCCUGCAGCCGAAGGGCAACGCGAUGAAAACGGCGUUUCGCACAUUGAACGCGGACGAACUGGUCGAGACGGGCUCGUGCAGCGGCAUGGACGUCGCUAUGGCGGCGCAGCCCGCCGACGGCGCCAAACCGAUGCCCAACUUGCCGUUUUCUGACAGCAGCUCGUCGUCGUUUGGCGACGCCGUUGACCCCGUCGCCCCCGCGGACAUCAGCUGCAACACCGAACAGUUCUGCAUCAACCUCAACGUCAUGCAGGUGAGCACCCCGAACCCGAAGUGGCCUGGCCCUCCGCAAUUGGCGGACCAGCACAGCACGCGGAAGAUGCUGUUCAGCGAGGCGAAGGCGCCGGAGAAGGGCCUGAGCACCAUCAUCGAGGAGUCGAAGAGCGGGUCGUCGGGGUCGAGUUCGAGCUCGUGCGCGACUCCGUACCGCGUCUCUCAGAACCGCUCGCGCAAAAUGAGCACCAUCAGCGAGGAGCACAACAGUUAUCUGGCGCAGAACCUGAUGGCGAACGCGGCCCUCCGUCAAAGCCUUCUCGGCGACCUGAUGGCCACUCUGGACGUGCCCGCGUCCCCGACGCCGGUCCAGGCGUCGCCUUCCGCCUCGCGCCGCCCACAGGGGGCGGUCGUCGCGGCUCCGUCGGACCCCUUUUGUCCCGAAUUGCUCGACCGUCUGCUGGAGAGGGUCGGGUUCCCGGGACCGCACGACCAGGGCUACGUGCACAUCGAGGGCAACCCCCGCCUGGUGGCGAAAAAGGAACCGGUGAGCGUCGGCGGCGACGUCUACUACGUGGACAAGGUGCUGGGCAAGGGCCAGUUCGGGACCGUGUUCAAGGCGCAGGACCGCAAGACCGGUUCGCAGGUCGCGCUCAAGUACCAGAAACCGCCCAACCGGUGGGAGUACUACGUGUGCCGCGAGUUGCGCCGGCGCCUCGCCGCUCACCCCCUGCGCGACCGCUUCAUGGACGUCACCCUCGGCUACUUCAGCGACCAGGCGUCGGUGCUCGUGUCCGAAUUCGGGCUGUACGGCUCCCUCCUCGACGCCGUUAAUCUGCUGAAGACGAAGGGCGCGAAACCAAAGGAAGCGCUGUGCGUCUACCUUACGCUCGAGAUGUUGAGGAUCGUGCGCGCGAUGCACGACGCCGGCGUCAUCCACGCGGACAUCAAGCCGGACAACUUCCUGGUGCUGCUGAACGGCGAUAACGCGAUCGGCCUGCGUCUGAUCGAUUUCGGCUGCAGCAUCGAUAUGACGCUGUUCCCGGAGGGGACGACGUUCACACGUCCCAUCACCACCGAGAACUUCGUCUGUUGCGAGGUACGCGACGGCCGACCGUGGAGCUACCACACGGACCUGUUCUGCGUCGCCGCCACCGCCCACGUGCUCCUAUUCCAGGAGUACAUACAACUCCGCAAGGUCGACCAGGUGUGGAGCAUCUCGACGCGGUUGCCGCGAUACGCUAAGCUGGACCUGUGGAACAUGUUCUUCAGUAGUAUGCUGAAUCAGCAGACCGGGCCCGCGGACGCGGCCACCCUUCAGCUACUCUUUGAGGAGGAGGUCGAGUUGCACCGCAAGCGGGACCUGCCCGCGCAGAUCCGCUACCUCGUUAACCUGCUGAAGAACCGAUAGGGGCGCGGCCUCCGCGCGUCCGCAGUAGCACCUCUUCCGCCCCGUGCCCGGGUGGGGCGUGGCGUUGUUCCGCAGAACAAUUAUUUGUAUUGUAUAAAAAUCUCAGGCUGUUUUAUAGUUGUUAUUUACACGCACGCAGACUUGGUUCGUGUAAUCGUAUUUAGAGGCCGAGUUCAAUAAACGUGAAG